GCCAAUGCAGGGUGGUGGUGCAACACUCUCACGGCUGUGUGAAUAUGCCUGGGCUGCCUAUCACUGAAGCAGAUUCAAUUCGCAGUGUUUUAAUGCAGCCUGCGUGUUAGCUGAUUGCGAGAAUGUCGAGGGCUUUCCAAUAACUCGGCAGCUGGACGAUCGUUUCCAACUCCCGCUCGGCCAAGGGGAGGCAGCGUCAACUUAACCACCUCCCCCCGUCGCUCCAGUUCCAUCGACUCUAGUGCACCCACCCUGCCCCACCUGAACGGCACCGAGUAACCCCCCCACUUAUCUCCAGGUCUUGCAGGGGCGGCUGCUCAAAGGCUACAAGACAACUCCCCAGCACAAAGAGGAGUGACUGAGCGCGCCUUCUUGACUUGGGAGAGCAGCCUGAUGCGUUGGGAAGCGGGCUACAGCACUUUGCCAACUGCCAGCUCGCUCUGGGCUACCUGCCCCCUGGGUCUACCAUGCCCUUCGGGGUGUUCUGCAUCUCCGUAUCGAGCGUCCCUGUGCGCAUGAGUCGGCCGGUGUUGUUGGAUGGAGCUGGCGCUGUCGAGGUGACAAACGCUGCCUGCGGGGACGCAUCAACAUCCCGGCUGGUUGUACACCAGGCAGUGGGAGGCUGGCAGGAUUGAGCAGGGGAGAACCUGGUCGCCUUGUGCAGUCACUGUCAGAGACUGCAACCCGGCUCAACGGAGGGUCUCAACUCCCCUGCUCUCCCUUCUCCCUGCACUGUGCACAGCUCCGGUUUGGAGUAGCUUUCUUGGGCAAGUGUUGGGGAAGGAUGCAGCGUGGACUUGGAAGAAGGUUAUGAGCGGCGCUGCUGAUAUUUCAGGAGAUUUAAAAACCAUGGGCUAUGACCUGUUGCUAUAGCGUAACCUUUUGAGAGAUGGACUUGGCAGACGUUGUUGUGGCGCUGUUCAUCGCUGUGGUGCUGAUAGUCUCCUUGUUAUCCAACCUGUUGGUCUUGAUAUGCUUCAUCUACAGCUCGGACAUCCGCAAGCAAGUGCCGGGCAUAUUUAUCGUGAACUUGUCCUUUUGCAACCUGCUUCUCACGGUUCUGAAUAUGCCAGCCACACUGCUGGGGAUUGUCAAAAAACAGCAGCCGUUUGGCGACUGCAUCUGUCAAACAGUUGGCUUUGUGGAGACAUUCCUCAGCACCAACACUAUGCUGAGCAUGGCCGCUUUGAGCAUCGAUAAGUGGAUUGCUGUUGUGUUCCCCUUAAGCUACGCCAGUAAGAUGAGGUACAAAGACGCUGUGCUCAUGGUGAGCUAUACCUGGGUCCACUCUCUCACUUUUCCGGUGGUGGCGGCUUUCUUGAGCUGGGUCGACUUCAGUAACAGAUACGCUUCGUGUACUCUGCAUCUGCGAGAGGAGAUGCACAGAAGGCAGUUUACAGUCUUUACCAUUGUCUUUCAUGCCACCAGCUUUAUGCUUUCUCUCGUUAUACUGUGCUUUACGUACCUGAAAGUCUUGAAGGUUGCCCGCUUCCACUGCAGAAGAAUAGACAUUAUCACCAUGCAGACCUUGGUUUUAUUGGUGGACAUUCACCCCAGUGUCAAACAGCGUUGCCUUGCGGAGCAGAAAAGUCGAAGACAGCGCGCAACCAAGAAGAUCAGCAUUUUUAUAGGGUCGUUUAUUGUCUGUUUUGCUCCCUAUAUCAUAACCAGGUUGAUAGAACUGCUUCCCUUUGUCAACAUUAACUACUACUGGGCAGUUCUGAGUAAGUGCCUCGCCUAUUCCAAAGCUGCUUCGGAUCCUUUUGUGUAUUCGCUGCUGCGCCAACAGUACAAGAGAGUCCUGGUCAACAUAGUCAACCGGUUACUCAGAAAGGAUUUCUACCCGUCCUCUGGCCACAACAGUUCCCUGGACACAGAGAACGAUUACUGCCUGCAGAGGGUCUGAGCUCUGCCCCCUCGCCCCAACUGUAAGUGAAAGCUCUGCCAAAUCCGAGGAGACUACAUGCACUUUCUGAUCAUUCCAGUGUUAGGAGGGACACUCUAAGCGCCAAAGGCAAAUCGUCUUUUUAUGAUAUGAAAUAUUUUAUUGAAAGAAUGUAUUAUGGUUCGAGUUUCCGUCGUUUAUUUGUAUUUUCGCAGUUUUGUGCAAAUUAUUAUCAAGCUUGAGUAUUUAUAUAUAUAUAUAGAGAGAGAGAGAGAGAGAGGUGUUUACAAUGUAUCUCUUAAACUUUGUUAAGGCUUUCUAUAGAGCAGUUAGAAAAUGAAUAAGAUGUCAUUUAGUAAUUAUGUGCCAAAAUGAAAAAAAGUUAAAGCAUCCUGUUUGAAACAACAAGCAACAAAAAGGAUCCAUGUUAAAGAUGGAGACAACUCCAACAAAUCAUUUGUGUUCAACCGUGUUCCCAACGUGCGCUCAAAUGUCCGCCGAUUUAGACUAGAUUUCAAGGCGGAACCCGCUGUGACAUUAAUAUAAACUCGUUUGAGGCUUCGAUGUGACAGACGAUUGAAACAAUAAUAAUAAAAAAAAACACGAAAGUUU